AUGACCGUGACUCUCAAGAAGCCUAGCAAUAUGUCCAAUGAGGACUCCAGUGCUUUAGCACCUGACGUUCCUAGCAUUGUUCGCGGUGUUAUCCAUGACAUUCGCCAGAAGGGUGACAAGGCCGUGCGCUCAUACUCGGAGAAAUUUGACAAUUGGAGCCCCAAAAGCUUCAAGCUUUCCCAGCACGAAAUCGACCAGAUCAUUAGCAAAGUGCCAAAACAGGUCCUUGACGAUAUCAAGACCGUCCAACACAAUGUCCGCACUUUUGCUCUCGAACAGCGAAAGUCCAUUACUGAUUUUGAAUAUGAAAUUCGUCCUGGUGUCCACCUAGGCCAAAAGAAUAUUCCUAUUAAUGCGGUUGGGGCGUAUGUUACUAUCCUUUAUAUACCCGAGAAAAGCAACCUCGAAGCUUACACCGUUUUCUCACUUAGCUAUAUUCCUGGUGGCCGUUACCCCCUUCUUGCCUCGGCACAUAUGACGAUUGUCACCGCUAAGGCAGCUGGCGUUAAACGGGUCAUUGCUUGCACACCUCCUAUUCAAGGAGAGAUCCCCCUUUCCACCAUUGCCGCUAUGCAUAUGGCCGGUGCGGAUGAUAUCUAUAUCCUUGGCGGCGUUCAAGCUGUAACAGCAAUGUCUAUCGGCACAGAGACCAUAGACAAGGCCGACUUUAUUGCGGGGCCGGGAAAUUCCUUUGUUGCAGAAGCCAAGCGCCAGCUAUUCGGCGAGAUUGGCAUUGAUCUUCCUGCUGGCCCAACUGAGGUUUUGAUUAUCGCUGAUCAGGCAGCGGAUCCAGCACUUGUUGCUACCGAUCUGCUCUCUCAGGCUGAGCAUGGCCCGGACACGCCAGCGGUGGCGGAGAAGACUUUGGUGGAAGUCCAGAGACAGUUGAAAAUCCUGCCCACAGCUGGUAUUGCUUCUGUAUCCUGGGACUGCUUUGGCGAAGUCCAUGUCGUCGAGAAUCUCGACGAGGCUUAUCGGCUGGCCGAUAAAUACGCAAGCGAACAUGUACAGAUACUGACUACGAACCCCCGGGAAGCAUUAGAGAAAAUGAGCAAUUAUGGUGCUCUCUUCCUCGGCGACAAGACAUGUGUCUCAUACGGAGACAAGUGUAUUGGCACCAAUCACGUCUUGCCUACGAAAGGAGCUGCUCGGUUUACCGGCGGUCUCUGGGUAGGCAAAUACCUCAAGACCGUCACUUAUCAAGAGGUGACUUCUGCGAAGGAGAGCGGAGAAUUGGGUCUGUUGUGCGGUCGUGCAGCACGUGUAGAGAAGUUCGAAGGCCAUGCACGUUCGGGCGAUAUCAGAGCCAGUAACUUCCUCAACAAGUCCUUCGAUUGGCUUGAAGAAGAUGCUAAAACUUAG